GCAGACAUGGGGACAACUGUCCUAAUAAAGGGGAGGGUGGUCCAUAAGGACAACCUAAGAUAAUCCUUUCAAUAAGAUGUCUAAAUGUUUCUUCUCCUACCUUUUAUUUUUUCUUUACGCAGGCUAACACUACAAUUGUUUCUUAUGAUAAACCUCACAUUUGCAAAGAUUAUUGAUUAUUCGCAUUCCGAUUAUAUCCCAAUUUUGGACGGGAACGCGAUUAUAUGGAACAAAUAUGGGUACUUAAGACAUACGACAAACCUUACAACGUAUUCCGAGAUAUUAGACGAUACAAAAAACGCAAUACAGAUCUUCCCUCAGACGCAUGUUAAAAAGAUAUUGGAGGCCGAUGUAUUGCAUAUUGAUACUCUUUUAACAACACUCACCGUACAUCAUCGGCAUGCGAGAAGCAUCAAUCUUAUAGGCACAGCACUGAAGGUUAUUGCCGGUACACCAGAUGCCGAUGACUGGGAGGAUGUCAAAUUUGUCGAGAAACAACUCGUAGAUUCCAACAACAGACAAAUAGAAAUAAAUACGAAAAUACAGAUCCAAAUAGAAAAGUUGACCAAUGCAGUAAACACAAUCUUAAAUACCGAACGAAAGGAACAAAUUGAUACUUGUUGUAUACGUUACGUAUUCAGUAACUACUAAACUACUAUCGAUGUAAGCAUAUGCAAUAAACACCAUCACUCAGUUGUUAUGAGUUACCUGAAGGCAACAGUUGUUUUACUAACAGACCGGGAUAUAUAACAAUUAUGGCGACGAGUGAACCAAAACCGCGUGGCAAUUUUCAAAUGGAGCCAUUUGAUGAAAAGGCUACAACCUGGAAUCGUUGGGUGAAAAGAUUUGAGACGGCGUUGGCGAUUUUUGGUACGAGCGAGGCGAUGAAGGCUAAAUAUCUAUUACAUUUCAUGGGUACAGAGGCUUAUAAUAAGCUAUGUGACAAGGCUUUACCCUUGAUACCAGAGGAAUUGCAGUAUGAUAAUAUUUGUGAAUUGCUGGAGAAGCAUUAUAACCCUAAACCCAAUGAAAUAUUUUUGAACUUUAAAUUCCACUCACGUAAGCAAGAACCUACAGAAUCCGCCGCAGAAUAUUUAGUGGCUUUGAGACAUCUAGCAACGGGCUGUGGAUUUGGUGAAUACCUGGACAAAGCACUGAGGAACCAGUUUGUGUACGGCAUAGGGAACAGAAAGAUUCAAGGCCGGUUAUUGGAAAAGGACGAUUUAACAUUAGAUGAUGCAAUACAUUUGGCAAACAUGUUUGAACAAGCUGAAAAGGGGUUCCAGGAAAUGAAUAAGCAGCAAGAAGCCGUUGACAUGGUGAAUAUGAGAAAGACAAAAGAGAGGGAGAAAAGAGUCAGAGAGACAGAACAAAGAGCGAGAUCGAAACUGAAUACAAACUGUGACAGAUGUGGCAGCAGUAAGCAUAAUUCAAACGAUUGCCGUCACAUAAAUUCUGUAUGCAAUUUUUGCAGAAAGAGAGGCCACUUAAGGCGUGUGUGUUUUAAAGCAAGAUCUACAAUGAAACAAAUAUCUGACGGCGAAGUCAGUGGAAAGGAGGACUCAGAGCAAGAAGUGUGUAAGAUGGAAAGUAAUGGACAGAGCCCCAGCAUACGGGAUAAAAUUCUAUGUACAUUGGAAGUAAAUGAUCGUAAUAUCACAUUUGAAGUUGACACGGGAGCGCCGGUCACCAUCAUAAGUCUUGCCGAUGCGUACAAAUAUUUUUCGAAGAAAAUACGAAUUCAUGAACCAGAUUUGGAACUCUAUAGUUAUUGCAAGACGCCUAUAGAUUGCGCGGGAUACAUAUGGGUGAAAGUAAGAGCCAAAGACAUAACAAAAGUCAAAAUGUAUUUAGUACGGGCCAAUCGGAAACCAUUGCUGGGAAGAGAGUGGCUGCGGUUAGUUAAAUUGGACUGGCUGAAGAUGUUAAAAGGAAAGAGUGUGUCAUCGGUAAGCGUAAACAAAAUUCAGGAGUCGGCGAAUUUGGAAGGUCAGUUAAGGAGUAUCUUGGAGAAAUAUCCAAAUUUAUUUUCGAAGUCAGUGGGCAAAAUUAGGGGGUUUCAGGCGCGUUUGAAUAUUAAAACCGAUGCUGUUCCGAAAUGUAUGAAGGCGCGACGAGUACCUUUUCCACUGUUGCAGAGAGUGGAAGAUGAAUUAGAUGACCAAGUAAAAGCUGGAUUAUUGGAAAAAGUGGAACGUAGCGAGUGGGCUACACCAAUCGUGGUGGUCAGAAAGAAAGAUGACAAGAUACGAAUUUGUGGAGACUACAAGAUAACGAUCAAUCCGGUCUUAGUGGUGGACAAGCACCCAUUGCCUACAGUCGACGAAUUGUUUAGUACAAUGGCAGGCGGUGAAAAAUAUUCGAAGAUUGACUUGUCCAAGGCAUAUCUGCAGUUAGAAGUACAUCCAGAUGACCAAAAGUUCUUAACCCUGAGCACACACAAAGGAUUAUUUCAACCAACAAGAUUAAUGUUUGGCGUUGCUAGCGCCCCGUCUCAGUGGCAAAGAUUAAUGGAGCAGUUAUUAGCGGAUAUACCGGGUGUUAAGGUGUUCCUGGAUGACAUUAAAAUAACAGCCAAGGAUGAGAGGACACACUUAGACCGGUUAGAAGAGGUGUUAAAAAGAUUAGACCGAUACAAUAUGCGAAUAAAUCUUGCUAAGUCGGAAUUUCUGCGAGAGAGUAUUGAGUAUUGUGGUUAUGUGAUUGAUCGACAAGGAAUUCGUAAGAUACCAGCCAAGAUUAAGGCUAUUCAAGAAAUGAGAUAUCCGGCAACCAAGGACGAAGUUCGAUCAUUUUUGGGACUAGUGAAUUAUUAUGGUCGUUUUAUAAAAAAUUUGAGCUCUAUAGUUUACCCUCUAAAUCGAUUACUGCACAAAGAAGUUCCAUUUAAUUUUGAUGCUAAAUGUAAAUGGGCUUUCGAAGAAGUAAAGAGACAAGUGGGAUCAGAGGUGGUGCUGACACAUUAUGAUCCAAGAAAAAAAUUAACAUUGGCAGUGGAUGCGAGCCCUACGGGUGUGGGAGCCGUAUUGAGUCACGAAUUUGGCGAUGGAACGGAAAGACCUAUACAGUUUGCAUCGCAAACUUUAAAUGCAACACAGAGACGGUAUAGCCAAGUAGACAAGGAGGCAUACGCAGUAAUAUUCGGGGUAAAAAAGUUUUUCCAAUAUGUAUAUGGAAGGGAAUUUACUUUAAUUACCGACAAUAAAGCAAUAUCACAGAUUUUUGCGCCUGACAAUGGAUUACCGGUAUUGUCUGCAACGCGUAUGCAACAUUACGCAGUAUUCCUGGAAUCUUUUGAUUACAAGAUUCGUUUGCGUAAAUCUAAGGAGAAUGGGAAUGCAGAUGCGCUAUCGAGGCUUCCUGUAAAUGAAUGCAGCAAAACAAUCAGCGAGAUUGAUCAAAUUGAAAUGGAAUUAAUUGAGAAUUUGCCAAUCACCGUCAAGGAAUUAGGACAAGCCACAAAAAAAGAUGCGGAAGUAAGACGUUUAGUAGACAGUUUGUCAUAUGGCCGGAAGUGUGAUCCUGCCGACAGUUUUGGAAUCGACCCAUCCGAAUUUAGCUUGCAACAAGGAUGCUUAUUAAGAGGCAUAAGAGUGUAUGUGCCAAAACCGCUGAGAACUAGAAUAAUACAAGAAUUACAUUCGGGACAUUUUGGUGUAUCAAAAAUGAAGUCACUUGCCAGAGCGUAUUGUUGGUGGAAAAAUUUAGAUAAGGACAUUGAAAAAGCGGUUGCUGACUGUUAUGAAUGCCAGAUCGGGCGACCAGAUGUAAAGAAAGAACCGGUUCAUUGCUGGUUACCUCCGAAGAAAGUUUUCGAAAGGGUGCAUGUGGAUUACGCUGGUCCCUUUUUGGGCAAAUAUUUUUUUGUACUGGUGGAUGCUUUUAGUAAAUGGCCGGAGGUAAGGAUAGUUCGAGACAUUACCACGGAGACAACAAUCGAAGUAUGUAGAAGUAUAUUUGCGCAAUUUGGAAUACCAAACAUUCUAGUCAGCGACCACGGGACGCAGUUCAAAAGCGCGAAAUUUCAAGAGUUUUUAAAACAAAAUGGUAUCAUGCAUAAGUUGGGGGCACCGUACCACCCUGCAACGAAUGGUCAAGCAGAACGUUUUAUACAAACUUUCAAGACCAAGUUGAAGGCAAUGCCUCGUAAGGAGGAGUUACAGCGAAAAAUUGAUCAAAUUUUAUUGGCAUAUCGACGAGCAAUUCACCCGGUCACGAAUAAAUCACCAGCUAUGACAAUGUUUGGGCGACAAAUACAAAGCAGAUUGGACCUCCUACUGCCCAACAAUGAAGUCCGAGACCCCGAAAGACAAAAAACUACAAGAGAGUUAGCAGUAGGAGACGCUGUAAUGGCUCGGGAUUAUAUGGAUAAGCUUAAGUGGAAGCCUGGAAUAGUAAGAGAGAGAAUUGGUGAUUUGCAUUACAAAGUGAGGCUGGAAGAUGGUAGGUGUUGGAACAGACACAUUGAUCAAUUGAGAAAGAUUAAUGGCAGAGUAAAGCUGGAUAACGAAGUUGAGGAAACACAUAGUGCUAGUUAUGAGUCAUCAGAUUUGACUUUGGAGAAGAGAGAGAACCCUACAAGUAUGAGUAAUGCGGAACGAGAAGCAACAGACGAAUGCGUGAUGUCAGACAAUCGAGAUCAGUCCUUCGCAACGCCCCCAAGUUCUCCGGGGUCAGCAUUCAUCGGAUUUGAAGAGCCAGCAGGGAAUGGCGAGGCAGUCAACAUAAGAACGAAUCCUAGGAGGAAUAUACGGCGACCUCAUCGACUAAAUGAUUAUGUUAUCGAUACGGAUUGAAAGAGAGGGGAGAGGUGUUGUAUACGUUACGUAUUCAGUAACUACUAAACUACUAUCGAUGUAAGCAUAUGCAAUAAACACCAUCACUCAGUUGUUAUGAGUUACCUGAAGGCAACAGUUGUUUUACUAACAGACCGGGAUAUAUAACAAUACUGUUAAACUUUUUGAAAUUUUAAUGGCUAGAAACAGAAUGCUGCUUAUGGAAUUACAAAAUAUAAUUUUAUCUGUAACUUUGGCUAAAAUCAAUAUUAUAAAUCCCACAGUUUUGGACCAGGAUGAUUUAAAAUUUUUUAUAAAAAAUCAGAUCAAUGAGCAAUACACAGAUUUUUCCAUAUCAGAACUAAUGUAUUUGUCUAAAGUAAAAGUAAUAUCAAAUGAAUUUUGUUUGCAUUUUAUCAUUAGAUAUCCCAUUCCAAUACGAACAUGUCAGAAAAUUUCUUUAUUCCCAGUUCCCCACUUCAAUAAAAUUAUUCAAUUCGCUGACACCAACACUGUGGUAGACUGUGAAGGAAAGACUUAUUCAGCAACAGAUUGCAA